CCACACUUAUUCUUGUUUUACUUCACCAUGCCCUCACCAGCACCAGCACCAGCUGUUAUCCAGCCUCGAUGGCGAACAAUUGUGCGCCGUGUGUUUGCCCGUAAACCUGUUGGCCAGGUUCUUCAAGAAGGAAGCAAGACGGAAAUGAAACGCAAUCUUGGUCGCCUUGACCUCAUCGGGAUUGGCAUCGGCUCAAUCAUUGGCACUGGAAUCUUCGUCCUGACUGGAACUGCAGCCGCAAAUGAUGCUGGCCCGGCAGUGCUUAUCAGCUUUAUUAUCGCUGCUGUGGUUGCAGCGCUGUCUGCCUUCAGCUAUGCUGAGCUCGGGUCAAUGGUCCCGAUUUCAGGCUCUGCCUACACAUAUACCUACGUGUCACUUGGAGAGUUCCUGGCAUGGGUUAUCGGCUGGGACCUGAUUCUCGAACACCUGGUUGGCUCAGCAACCGUUGCAGUUGGGUGGAGCGCAUAUCUUGUGCGGUUUUUUGAAGACGCCUUCAGUGUAGUGCUGACGCCCAAGACAACACAGCCACCGAUUGUUUGGGACGGCACAUCGCUCAAGUUCAUCAUUAACCAUGGAUCAUACAUCAAUAUCCCGGCCAUAUUUAUUGCCUUAUUACUAAUGACCAUCCACAUUUUUGGUGUCCGGUAUGCGUCAUGGACCAUCAAUGCCAUUGUGGUUGUCAAGAUCCUCGUCGUCCUGUUCUUUAUUUUUGGCGCAACCAAGCAUAUCGACUCCAACAACUACAGGCCGUUCCUGCCAGAGCGUGUCGGCAACUCAUACGGAGCCCUAGGCGUUUUCCGCGGCGCCCAGCAUGUUUUCUUUGCGUAUAUUGGAUUUGACAGUGUAACGACUGCUGCUCAAGAGGCAAAGGAUCCACAGCGUGAUCUUCCCUAUGGUAUCAUCGUUUCGCUUGUCAUCUGCACAGUCCUGUACAUGGGGGUCGCUGCCGUGCUCUGUGGUAUCGCAAGGUAUGAUACUUUAAAGAACCAACCGGCCCCCCUCACUUUUGCCUUAGCACUCUACCCAAACACUCGCUGGCUUCGGAUUCUAAUUGAUAUCGGGGCCAUUGCCGGUCUAAGUUCAGUUAUGCUCGUCUCAUUCUUGGCUCAGCCCCGUAUCUUCUUCAUCAUGUCCCGGGAUGGGCUGCUCCCGCGCAUAUUUGGCCGACUGCACCCAAAGUUCAAGACACCUUACGUCCCUACACUAGUUACUGGGACCCUGUGCGCCAUCUUUGCUGGAGUAUUGCCGGUUGACGUGCUUGGUGACAUGACAUCGGUCGGUACGCUAUUGGCGUUCAUCUUGGUCAACAUAAGCGUUGUUAUCAUGAGGUUCACCCAUCCACAUGCUGAGCGCGGCUUCAAGACGCCUUUUGGUCCUUUCCUUUUGCCUGUUCCUGGAGCAAUCAUUGCAAUCCUCUUGAUCGUGCUUUCAGAUGGUCCAACAAUCUACCGCCUGUUCAUAUGGCUGGCCAUCGGCAGCCUUAUCUAUAUUGGAUUUGGAUACCGCCGCUCGAGAGUAGGAAACCCCGACAAGUGGUCCCCCGAGGACUUGGCCUAUUUUGGCGACCAAGGGCUUUUUGCCGAUGCGACCACAGAGCCGUCUGAUUCAGAAUUUGGUGGGAAAAAGUUGGAAAUAUAG